GCUAACAUCCCCCAGCUGUAAACAGUCUGAUGUAGGUAAACAAACCGCUUGGCCCUUUGCGUUGGUCGUUCAGGCAACGUCAACGCAGAAAAAAAGAGUCUACAGUUUUGACAUUGCUCGAAGCUUGCUGGCGACGGAGAAAAUAAUGCUUCUGCGGCACGUCAUCCCGACCAACAACGAUGUGGAGGAAAUUUACAUCGUCAAGCAGGAAGAUGAGCAGACCGAUCCGGCUGGCAACCCGCUGGCGGGCGGACCAGGGCCUAGUCGGUCCGGGUUGCAUCCGACGGCGCUGCUCGAGAACGAGGACGUUGAAAUCAAGGACGAACCGCUGAGCGUGCAGGGUAGCGAGGAGGAAGAUGAAAAGUACGAUCCCCCGGUUCCGCUGCUGCAUGCCCUUCCGGUCGAGGUGCGGCUGGUUGAAGAUUUGCCGAAAAAGUUGGAGGCUGCGAUCAAAAAGGAGAAGGAAGUGGAGGAGCAGCAGCAGCAAACGAGGAAGUCUCCGGUGGAACCGGUAAAAGCGGUCAAGCAUAGUGUGAAGCAGGAGAGGGACUCCAGCUCGGACGGUGACUGGGGACAGGAUGACUUUGAGCCACUGGCUAAGGAGGUGGUGGUCAAGAGGAAGCGUGGCCGGCCACCGAAGAAAAAGGUUGAGGUAAAGAAGGAAAAGUCAGCUGGUUCUGAUAGCGAUAUGGACGCGGACGAUGUGGAUGAUGACGAUUAUAGACCUCCAGCGGGUAGUCCGGUCAAGAAGGAGCGCAAACGAGGUCGCAAGAAAAAGAUCAAGACGGAACCGGAUGGGUUCGAUAGCGAUGCUUCCAACGUGGAGGAAACGGAAAUAGUCAAAUGCUUCAUUUGCGUGAUUGACCUGAAGGAGGCCGAUCUGCUGGACAAACAUUUGCGCCAAAAGCACAAGCACAUGCUUCCGUUUAGCUGCGUUACGUGCGUGGGACGUAGGGUAACACGGUUGAAGGAUUUGAACUUGCACUUUCAGCAGCAUGACGAGACUAGGAAGUAUAAGUGUCUCUAUUGUGCGGCGCGGUUCCCAUCGCCACAGGGACAGAGCAGCCACAUGCGUCGGAUGCACAGCGAGAAGUACAACACCGAUAUGGAUCGCUAUCGGCGGUUCAUGUGCCGCUUUUGCGAUAAAAAGUUCACCAAGAAACACGACUUGGAAAUUCACGAGAAGCGUCACAUCGCGGAGGAGUCGAACGAUCCGGCAGUUAUGCGACGAGCUCUGAAGUGUUACAUUUGCAACAAAUUUGUGGGGAAGAAUCGAGAUGAUCUGAACACACACGUCGCUACGCACGAAGACUGGCUUCCGUAUCACUGCGAAAAGUGUGACAACAAAAAGAUUUGCACCGUUCGAAUACUUUGCGAGCACCUGCGGCAGCACCAGGAGGGACUGGCGGUUAAAUGCGUUUACUGCGAUGAACGGUUCGUCAGUUUGGGCGAAUGUCAGGCUCACGAGCGGACUCACGCGGCGGAGAAGGAAGCGCACGAAAUUGAGGACGCGAAAAUGAUCGCGGAAAUGACCGGAAACAGCGUCGUUGUGGUGGAUGGCGUCAAACGGUUCCAGUGCGGCAAGUGUGACCGGUCGUACGCGUUGUCCAGCAGUCUGCGGAAGCAUCAGGGUGUCCAUGCCAAGGGAAAUGCGUUCGUUUGUUCAAAAUGUGGCCGAGCGUUCAUGAAGGCUUCGUCGUUGGCAUUGCACGAGAGUCGUAACCACCUGGAAGGAGGCAGUUUCACGUGCGAAGGUUGUGGUAAAGUUUUCCCGACAAUUGGACACCUGCUGGAUCACCGAACCCGAACUCAGCACUUUGCCGGAAAGCCGUUCAUUUGCGAGGGUUGUACGACCACGUUCGUGCUGCAGGAAGAGCUGACGGAGCACCAGAAGACGUGCACCGAAACGGAAGCGAAUCGAGCGUGCUUCUGCGGUCUCUGCGCCAACAAUUUCCCCUCUCUGGCGAUUGCGAUGGAACACGUCAAAAGCGAACACGAGCCGGAAAUUCCGGAAACCAAGUGCAGAUAUUGCGAUCUGACCUUCAGGGACUCGGAGCGAAUUGUGGAGCACGAAUUCAAGCACACUCUGCCGGGAAUUAUGACCUGCAAGAUGUGCAACCGGAUCUUUAAGCACUUGAAGAAUUUGCAGUGCCACAUGAAGAACCAUGGCAAGGUGGCGAUUCCGUUCAUGUGCGAUAUCUGCGGCAAAACGUUCACCCAGAAGGGCACGCUCACUAUUCAUACGCGUCUUCAUACGGGCGAGCGUCCGUAUACCUGCGUACUGUGCCAGAAGGGAUUCGUCGACAAGAACGAGAUGAGAAGACACUACAAUAUGCAUUUCAAUCCACAGAGCAAGCUGUACAUUCCGAACGCGCAGCAGAUCGCCGCCCCGGUGGACGUCGGAGCGCAGGGCAAAAAGUACAAACAGUACACGUGCAAGAUCUGCGGCCGCCAGCUGACGACGUCGACGGCGCUGGCCAAGCACAUCACAACGCAUACGGGUGAAAAGAAAUAUCAAUGCGAAUUCUGUGACAAACGCUUUGCCCAAGGAGGGCAAUUGACGGUACAUCGACGAAUCCACACCGGCGAGCGUCCGUUUGCGUGCGAGAAAUGUGGCCAGCGGUUCGUAGGAGGCAGCAAUUACAAGCGUCACGUCAAGCAGGGCAUGUGUAAGGCGCUAACUGCUGGAGCGAUCCCUUCCGGUGAAGGCGGAACAGCGAACAUGCACCCACAGCAACAGCAGCAGCAGCUGGAGCACCCGUAUCUCGGCGGUGCCGAGGUGAUUGGAAGUUCGGAACUACGGAUCUACCCCGACGAAAAGGAAAUGCACUAGAUAUUAGUGGCACAAAUUAGUGUUUGGUUUUUAACGCGUUUGCAGACUGCUUGCGGUCAGUAAAGUUAUCUUAAAGGUUUGUACUAAAUUUUGA